UAGCCGGGUUUGUGCAAGUAAAAGUCAGAGUUAGAUAUAAGAAAGAAGCUUCCAUAGCUAAGCCCGCACACGCUUCCGUUUCCCUUUGGCUGUUGGUUUACCCAAACAUUCAAUCUCUUCAACACAAAUAUAUGACGUUUAAUCUUUUUUUAUUUUAACCAACUACUUUUUGUUUUUCUCCAAACCCUUUUUCGCUAUCUUCCAUUUACAGUUGUUUGAUAUAAUAUGAAUGAAUACUAUGGGAAUUCAAGAGCAAGUUCCAGUUCUGCAUCUAGCUUGAAUAGCAAUUCACAGCAGGGUACUGAGGAUGAUCAUGCCAUUGCUACUAUUUUAGCUGAAGAAGAGGAAAAUGCUAGAAAGUAUGGUGGCAAGCUUGGAAAGAGACUUUCUCAUUUAGAUUCGAUACCGCACACUCCACGGGUAAUUGGGGAGAUACCUGACCCAAAUGAUGCCACGCUAGACCACGGAAGACUCUCCAGCAGGUUGGCGACAUAUGGUCUCUUUGAAAUGCAAAUAGAAGGGGAUGGGAAUUGCCAGUUUCGAGCCCUUUCAGAUCAGUUGUAUCAUAAUCCAGAGUAUCACAAGCAUGUAAGGAAGGAGGUCGUUAAACAGCUAAAGCAGUUUAGAAAGUUAUAUGAAGGUUAUGUACCCAUGAAAUACAAAAGGUACUUGAAGAAGAUGAAGAGGUCGGGAGAAUGGGGAGAUCAUGUCACUCUACAAGCAGCUGCUGAUAGAUUUGGGGUAAAAAUAUGUUUGGUCACCUCUUUCCGGGAUAAUGGCUACAUUGAUAUCCUUCCCAAGGACAUACAACCUUCUAGGGAACUGUGGCUGAGUUUCUGGAGUGAAGUUCACUACAAUUCGUUAUACGAAAUUGGAGAAGCUCCAGUUAGAGUUCCCAGAAAGAAGCAUUGGCUUUUUUUCUAAGCCCAUUCACCAGCAAAAAUACUGCAUACUGUAAAUUAAUAACUCUACAGAGCAUGGCAUGCACAUAACAAAAUCCUAUGUAUAAUAUUGUUUAUACUGCUCAGUUUGUAGAAGGAAGACAUUUACGAUUUAAUUUUACCCGAUUUCGAGAUAAAUUAAAAAAGUAUUCUUUUGGAUC